CGGAACCAUAAUUCACACACACACGCACAGAGGCGACUGCUGCUGCUGCCAGGACCUCGAUGAGGGGAAAUGACCGCCAGUGACCUUAAAGGACACGCUGCAUUUUAACCACUGUCCGCAUUUGAAUUUCCAAUAAGAUUAAAGUAAACAUGUGCGCAGGGGGUUUAUUCUAGCAUAAAGGGGGGCAGGUUUCGGUUGUCGCUCGGCGUUCUCCCCGGCAGAGCUAGUGUUAGCCCGCUGAGCUACAGCCCGGCUCCUCUCCUCUCCUCCAGCAGCAGCAGCCCGGACUCGCACCGCCAUCCCCCCGGCAUGGACAAAGCCCAGUCCCGGGCGGAGCAGAAGGGCUCGGCGGGGCCGCUGCUUGUCAACCACGGGCCGAGCCCGCGGGUGUUCCCCGGGGAGCACUGCAGCGGGGCCGGCAUGGACAGCCUGCAGCUGCUGCAGCGGGGGGACGAGCCCGACUGCAACUGCUCCCCGGCCAAGCGCUGCCGGCUCCGCAGGAGGACGGACUCGGCCCGGCGGAGCCGCCCGCCUUUCCCCUGGUUUGGUAUGGACAUUGGUGGGACCUUGGUGAAGCUGGUGUACUUUGAGCCCGUUGAUAUAACGGCAGAGGAAGAACAAGAAGAAGUGGAAAACCUCAAGUCCAUCCGCCGCUACCUCACCUCAAAUGUGGCCUAUGGUAAAACUGGUGUACGUGACGUCCAUCUGGAGCUGAGGAACCUGACCAUGUGCGGCAGGACGGGGAACCUGCACUUCAUCCGCUUCCCAACACAGGCCAUGCCGCGGUUCAUACAGAUGGGACACGACAAAAACUUCUCCAGCCUGCACACGACACUUUGCGCCACGGGAGGCGGGGCUUACAAGUUUGAGAACGACUUCAGAACGAUGGCUGAGCUGGAGCUGCUGAAACUGGAUGAGCUGGACUGCCUCAUCCGUGGCCUGCUGUAUAUCGACCGGGUUGGUUUCAAUGGACACCCGGAGUGCUACUAUUUCCAGAACCCGUCAGACACCCACAGCUGCGUGAAGAAGCCCUGCAACCUUGACAACCCCUUCCCUAUGCUGCUGGUCAACAUCGGCUCCGGGGUCUCCAUCCUGGCGGUGUACUCUGAGAACAACUACAAGCGCGUGACCGGGACCAGUCUCGGAGGCGGUACAUUCCUGGGGCUGUGCUGUCUGCUGACGGGCUGCGAGACGUUCGAGGAGGCUUUGGAGAUGGCCAGCAAGGGUGACUCUACAAACGUGGAUAAGCUGGUGAAAGAUAUCUACGGCGGAGACUACGAGCGGUUUGGCCUGCAGGGAUCUGCUGUCGCAUCAAGUUUUGGUCACAUGAUGUGCAAAGAGAAGCGGGACAGCAUCAGUAAGGAGGACCUUGCCAGGGCCACACUGGUCACCAUCACUAAUAACAUAGGAUCCAUCGCACGCAUGUGCGCUGUCAACGAGAAAAUUGAGCGUGUGGUGUUUGUUGGGAACUUCCUCCGUAUUAACACAGUAUCCACAAAGCUGCUAGCCUAUGCCAUGGACUUCUGGUCGAAAGGACAACUAAGAGCCCUCUUCUUGGAGCAUGAGGGUUAUUUCGGAGCUGUGGGAGCGCUGAUGGAGCUGCUGAAGACGGCCGACGAUUCGUGAACGUUGUCAAGACAUUAUCAGCUCGUGACAGGACGAUGUCUGUCUUUAUCCCGAACGCUACGAUGUCAUCAACUCUGAAUGCUGUGACGUCAACAACUUUUAACGCUGCUGAAAGGUCCCAACGAUAGAGGCCGCUAAAUGAACACUAAGAUGGAGACGUGGAAACUGAGAAAAGCCAUUUUAAUAAUUUAACACUUGUAAAUAAUAAUAGCCUUUAACAGUCUUCUAAAGUUCCCAGAGUCCCUCUGUCAUAGAGGUUUUAAUAUUGUGACCUUUAAUUUAUGGUUUCCUGUUGAUUCCUGUGAUUAACCCCGUCAAGGAAGCACAGAGACAUUUUGUUUUGUUUUUGUUUUUUACGGUUUUUGUGUGCAGAGCUACUGUAGAACUACAUCCCGGGGACAGUGGUGCAUCGGGCGACGUUUUAUGCAGUUGCUCUUCUGGGGAGAACACCUAAUAAGAAAAGAAAUCAGUCUUGAAUGAGUGGUUUUUGCAACCCACAACUCUAGGAAGUUGUGUGUGCGGUCACAGAAAGGCUGGACAGUUUGGUUGCCUGUUUGAGCUACCGUCUUCUGAGGAGUGCACUGAAGCCAAAUCCUGUUGAGAUGCCUCCUUCAACUCAAAUGGGAAGCAGAUAAAUCUCUUAAUUCUGUCUUUUAAGCCACUACAUAUGGCCUUUUGCUUUUUGUUCAUCUCCCCUCUGUCUGCCUAUCUGUAAGCAACGCUAGUACUAUUUAAUUGUCGUGCACACUUACCCAACCUGCUUAGUUUAGUGCGAGAUGAUGGGACCAAGACAUUGUUUUCCAACAAAUCGGAGGUCAUUGUUGAUUUCUGUUCGGGGCCCAGUCUGGCUCAGCGGUUUAUAUUUGUGAUGUGUUGAACAACUUUGCUCUCUUAUCCUAACAUCAGUUCCUCACCUUUUGGCAUCUCCUCCACCCUGCUGCCUUGCUUGUGAUGCUUUGGCUUUGUAUUUGAGCCUCGUAGAUUCUGGCGUGAAAAUAGCCGACAACCUCAGCUGUCGAAAAAAAAAAAAAAAAGACUAAAACAAAGGGACUGACAGUGGGGACCAAGAUGCUUAUUGGCUGAAGUCACCCUCUCUUGUAAAAAUACACCCAUGUGCUAGUUGUAGAAUCGGCAUGUUUCACGUGCUUUGUCAUUCUGAUGGUGCAGAUAUUACAUCAUUGAAAACUACAGUCUGGCUAAGACCAGGCUUUGAAAAGGCAGUGAUGGGGGAAUGGCCUCGUAGGCCGUGGAAGCCUCGUCUCUUCCCCGUCUCUCCCAAGUUGAGUCUCAUCCAUGCAAGCUAGUGCAUGCUGUAAGUGCAGACAUCUUUAUAAAUGUGCUAGUUAUGAAAUGCUUAAGGGCAUGUGGAUCUGGAAGUGUGGACCCAUCACAUUUUAGUGAAGCCUUUGUGAUUUAAAGGAACUGGAUACAUAAUUAAGAGAAAUUGGAAUAAUAUUUUAUAUGCAUGCCUCAUUGUAUAAGUGGAUUUCUCUGCAGCAUCAUCACAGGUGUGUGUGCAACUAGCGGGCAGAAACAAGAGGUCAUCCCUGUUUGUUUUAUGCAGCGAUGACAAGGCAGUUAACCGUGCCAAUCGUAAUGAAACGUUUAGAAAUCGUUGAGUGUUCAGAGGGAAGUCUCAUUUGUGAACCGAGGCCAGUAAACAGGUGGACCGGAGUCCCACAAGUUUCAAAGGCGGCAGUGUCUCUGCUGUUCCAGCUUUGUUUUUCAGAACAUAAACCUCCUGAUCCCUUGACGUAAGACUUUUAUCUUUUAUACGUUUACAACAGAACAUAAUUACCUACAUCUGCAGAUUUGACUCACUGUAGAUUUUGCUUGCGGGUUAUGUAGGGACACAGUUGCUUGGAAAUUCUACCCAUUUACUGUUUUAAUGUCCAAUUUUGGUAACUUCUCAGUAGUAUUUGAUAAUAUAAUCCCCACUAAUAAUUUAUUCAGUGCCAGCUGCUGUCAAACAUGAAAGUAGCCGUCACUCGUGUCUUGUACAGUGUUUAAAGUCUUUGUAAUUUUUGUAAAAAUGUGGCCUUGUCCUGAUUAUCCUAAUUUAUUGAACCCAGUAAAACUAAGCCAGUUACCAUGGCAAUGGGACUAUCAAUCAAGCAGAGUAGAAAUGAAACCAAGAUCACAUCUAUAUUAAAACUCUCAACUUUGAAUAAGAGUUAUUUAAUGAUUGAGUCAAGAACUGAAAGAUUACUAAAAAUGUUAAUUUAUUAUAUUCCUGCCAAUGUUCUUUCCUCCCGCAUGAGCAAACAGUAAUAUUUAUAACCAAGAAACCCGUCUAAACAGAAAAUGUAUUAAUCCCUGAUGACAGCUUUGGAGAAAUUCCUCCAUCAGUAUGUUUCCUUUUAGCUCUCCAUAGAUUACAGCCAGUCAGAUGAUGUUGGUUUUUGAGAAAAAUGGACCACAAGUGUAUUUCUUCCCAUUAAGUGUUGGUGAUGCAGCACUGUGCCCCUUCUUAGCCAGGAUUUAUACAGCCUUUUCUUUUUAUUGUCAAAGCAGCUGUGUUACAUGCCUUAACCUUCCAGCAGAGGAACUGGGCUCUCUCUUCAGUCGGAUCUUAAUGUUUUGUGGAUUCUCCUCCAUCAGACACAUUAUGACUACAUAACAGUUAUCAGUUAUCUACUCACCAUUGGGGAUUCUCCUUCAGAUUUCUCCUGCAGCACGUGGGUGAUUCAUUUACACCCUCCUAAUAAGGUACUUUGUGAGUUAAGCGAGUAUUCUGAAGGUCUUUUUAACAGAAUCAAAUGAUUGACAUACAACACUUGAACCCCGACUAAUAACAUUUUUGCUGUGCCGUUACUUUCUAAUGAAGCCGGUGAUUUAUUCACAUCAGCUGAAAAUACAACAACGUAUGCGAGUGUAGCAAGCUUCUUUUUUUAUUUUCUAAAAAAAACAACUCAUCUUCCUUAAUAGUCCAACACUUUUAUCCGUGUUGGCUGCGAUAGUAUACUGUUUUAGUAUUUUGAGGAUUUUUUUUAGCUUCCUCUGACGACACUGAAUCAUCAGCAUGAUCAAUCCUGCUGUGACGACACUGCAAACUGUGACACAAACCUCGCUCUCGUUCUGUUUUUCUUUCACUUGCCUUGCUCAACAUCAGGUCUGGAUGAUGAUAUCAGGUGCCGUUCCGCUUUAUAAUCAAGCCGGUGUUGGUCAUCUUGUGCCACCCUUUCUUUUAAUCUUAAAACCCAUAUCAGUUGCCUUCUGUGUGUUUCACCGCGUUUGUGCCCUCCACUUUCCUGCUGAUUUCAGCUUCUUUCCUUCUGAGCUUUAUCUCACUGUUUUGAUUUUGAUUCUGUGUACGCAGAUGCUUUUUUGUGGUCUGCCCUUGCUUUCUGUUUCUGACUUUGCUUUGUUUGUUUGAUCUAUUUGCCAUUGUACUGUAAUGGAUUGUGGUUCAUACACUCUUUUUAAUCACAGUCUGAUUAUCAAAUAAGAUGUUCACAGCUCACCUGCUGGUCCUGACUUCAGCUUAGUACAAAAAUAACUUCCAGCGGUACUGCAGCAGUUUGGGUCGCAAACCCUCUUUGUUUUGUUUGGAACAUUUAUUUAAAUCUUUUUUUGUUGCUGUUGUGUUAAUGAGAUUAUACAAAUAUGAAGUGUCCCCCCACCAGUGUUGCAGACUGCCAGACGUUAAAACACUCGUAGUAUUUUUGGACCUAACUGUUGUACUAAUGUACUUCCAGUUUUCCCGUCUGUGAGCUUUAUAAGUGGUGAUAGUUGUGAUUUAAUACUUUGUUAUUUGAACAUCACUAAGCUUGGGGUUCAUUUCCCACCGGGACCAUCGACACUCACCUCAGUGAGUAUUUCCUGGUACUGUAAGGAGCUUCUGCUUGACGCGUCAACCCAACGGCAAAUGUUAAUCUCAUCUGUAGCGAAGUCCAACUAACAACCUAUGCAGCCGUUCAUCCAUCGAUGUUUUUCCCCUCUUCAGCUAAUGUAUCUCUUCUCUAAAUCUGCAAGAGUUUGAUUGACUUGUUUGUAAAUGCUUUUCAGAAAUAUGCAACCAUGUUGGUGAUCCCCUCUGAGAAAAUGUAUUUGAAACUUGCCCCGGAGAGUUUCUGUCCUGCUGUUUCUUUGGGGAGAGUUUUGUUGUAAAUCUAGUCGAGGUGGAUGCUUGUAACAGGAUGUACUAAACCCAAUUAUGCAACAAAAGAUGUCGGACAAACAUGUUUUGUCCGUGUGAACUGAUCAAGAACAGUUAUUUUUUAACUUUCCUGUCACGGUACAAAGGUGCAUCUCGUGUGGACGAAUGAGCCAGAGCUGAACUCGUUCCAGCUGUUCAAUGACUUUCUUUUAUGAAUGUCGUGGUGGGAGCAGGAAGAAACCUCCGACAUGAAGCCCUUUGACGGGGUGUGUUUGGUAGAAUCAUUUGCUGUCAUACCUCAUGUGACAUAAUCCUCACCUUGACUUGUAACUUCCUUGUCACCUUUUGCCUGUCUCAUAUACUUCACUGUAUUUUGCUGAGCUUUUCUGUAGAGACUCCUUAUCUGGUCCAACACCCUGUUGCGUGAAAGCAUCCGGCCUGGAAACUUAUCUUCUGGAAAGCUUGACUGGCAGGACGGACAUUUUCACUUUUGUGUAUUUGAUUGUACAGAGAUUUGUAAAUAAUAACAGUAACAAUAAUAAUAAUAUGAUAUAUUCAACACCAGCAACCUGUCUGAUUACGUGGUUUUUAACUUUCCAACGCCCGCUUUCACAAGCACAACUCGGCACCUCAGACACAAUCCCAACGCAGACGGAAGAAGGAUCGAGACACUAAAAUGCUUUUCUCUGUAGAUUCAUUGCCCUUUCCACCAAUUUUAAGAAAUAGUAAUUAAAUGUAAUAGCUGAUACUUCUAGAAGUGUGUUUAAAUAUACACGUGGUACACGAUUAAUAUACUGCUCUUUAGACUUAGAUACGUUUUUUUCUGUGCUCGUCCAAAGAUCCUACCUUUCACUUUAUUCAUGUUUUAAGUUCAACAGUUGGAUAUGUAUAUUGUUGUACUUUAAAAAUUGUCCCAAAUCUGUUCAGAUUUAUUUGACUUAAAAAAAAAAAAGAAAGAACCUUAUAAGUUAGUCAUUGUUAACUGAAAGCUGACGUUCUUGAAUCAAACGUGCUGUUUGGAUGGAGACCAGCCUGGAUGCCGGUUUCUGUCCAUCAGAUUUCAGUGCCAGGUGUCCGACUCCUCUGAGUUUGGAGAGUUUAAAAAAAAAAGGGAGAAAAAAAAGGAUUUGAAAGGAAAAAAACAGCAAUUUCUAAAAUGACUGGCUUGUGCAAUGUGUAUGUAUUGAAGUGAAGAGAUUUUUUUUUCUAACAAAGAAUUAAACUAAAACUGGAUGGAAAACGUGUUCCUACUAUUUUUCCAGUUGCCUUUAUAUUUAAAAAGGGCCUGAAGGAAAUUGAUGUAUAAGAAAGGAGAUAAGGAAGCACAAAGGAUUUUAAAAGUAAAUCUCACACUGGAAAAAUAUUUCCUACAUGUGACAAAUGUAUUAACUGCCAGUUGUUUGUUUGAUAUUAGCUGUAAACUGAACGACUCAAAUACAUCCAAGGUUAUACUACAUACUACCAGUGCAGAAAAUCACAGUCAGCAUUUACAAUAUUAGAAUAAUUUUAGAUCUAAAAAAAAGAAUAAUAAUAAAAAAUGACUGUUAACAGAGAAACACAUUAAAAGACAACAAAACCUUAGAUUAGCUACAUCCAGCGAUGUUGAUGACUCGGAUCACCCUGUGUACAAGGUUUUCUACCUUCACUUCGUUGUUCAUCCAGUGAUUGUUGAUAUUAGUGUUGUUUAUGAAUCUAAAAGAAUGCUGAGAAGUUUUCCUACUACAAACAUAUUCAUUUUUUCUGUUUAGAUCGAUUACAAUAGUCUGAAAUAAAGCAAAUUCCACUGCAAAAACCGGAAACUUACAAGUCAAUGAAACGAUACCAUGUCAUUUGAUGGAAAUAAAAUAUAUC